AUGGUCUUAGAACCUGAAUGGCAGUACUGUUAUGUAGAGAUGAUCGGAACUGACUUGAUGUGUGGUAUUUUUGCGUAUUUGAACUUUUUAACACCAAAAACUCGUAAAGAGGUAAUUGACAUACUAAUUCGUGGCCUUCAGCGGAUGGAAUAUCGUGGAUACGACUCUGCUGGAAUUGCUAUAGAUGGGGGCAACUCUUCUGAAACAUUGCACUCAACAAUUGCGCUGCUUAAAAAAGUAGGAAAAGUCAGUAUAUUGGCUGACUAUAUUAAAGGCACUAAUGGGUUAGAUCCAAAUGUAAUUUAUGAUACUCACUGUGGUAUUGCCCAUACACGAUGGGCUACGCAUGGCUCGCCAAAGGAUGUCAACUCACAUCCACAAAGAUCGAACUCCAAGAAUGAAUUUUUGGUUGUUCAUAACGGAAUAAUUACAAACUAUCGCGAAAUAAAAGCGUAUUUGGUGAAAAAGGGCUAUGCUUUCGAAUCUGAAACCGACACAGAAGUGAUUGCUAAGCUUAUCCAACAUAUUGCGGAAACAUAUCCACAUUACAGCUUUCGGCAGCUGGUUGAAGCAACAAUAACUCAACUGCAAGGAGCGUUCGCAUUGGCUUUUAAAAGUAGCCGUUUCCCAGAUCAGCUAGUUGCAACUCGACGUGGAAGCCCAUUACUUGUUGGUAUCAAGAGUUCAUCACGUCUUUCAACUAAUCACUUUCCUGUCUUUUUCAGCAAAGGUGCAUCAUUAUUUUACAGUAACGGUGAAAAUUUUGAAUUUUCCAGGUUCACAUAUAUGUCUAAAAUCCUAAACAAAAGUUUUCUUUUUACAGAGGUUGAACUUGAAAGUACCACCUCAGUGCGGCCAUUUGAUUCACAACAUUGGGAAGUGGAGUAUUUUGUAGCAUCAGAUGCGAGUGCAAUAAUCGAGCAUACCAAACAAGUUAUCUUUCUUGAAGACGACGAUGUUGCUGUCGUUGAAGGCGGAGCUCUUUCGAUUCACAGAAUCAAGCGAGGUGACAGUACAUCACCGCAGACUCGUGAAGUGCAAAACUUGACGAUGGAAUUGCAACAAAUUAUGAUGGGCGAAUACAAGACAUUCAUGCAAAAAGAAAUCUACGAACAACCAGAAUCCGUUGUUAAUACAAUGCGUGGCAGAUUACUUCCAGAUGGUCGAGUGGUACUUGGAGGUAUCAAGGACUACUUAGCGGACAUCAAAAGAUGUCGUCGCCUGAUACUUAUCGCAUGCGGAACGUCGUACAACUCUGCUAUUGCAUGCCGGCAAGUGAUGGAGGAGUUGACAGAACUACCUGUGAUUCUUGAGUUAGCUAGUGAUUUCUUGGACCGUGAAACUCCAAUUUUUCGCGACGACGUCUGCUUCUUCAUCUCUCAAAGUGGUGAAACUGCGGAUACUCUUAAUGCUCUGAGGUACUGUAAGCCGCGAGGUGCUCUACUGAUAGGAAUUACAAAUACUGUAGGUAGUAGCAUCUGUCGUGAAUCUCACUGUGGCGUACACAUUAAUGCAGGGCCAGAAAUUGGUGUUGCUUCAACUAAGGCUUACACGUCACAAAUAUUGUCACUUGUCAUGUUUGCUUUAUCGAUGAGUGAUGACCGUAUAUCGAUGCAGCCGCGUCGGCAAGAGAUAAUCAAAGGUUUAAAAUCCUUGCCAGAUCUGAUUCGUGAAGUUCUCAAACUAGAUAACCAAGUACUAGAUAUAGCAAAAAAUAUUUACAAAGAAAAAUCACUCCUGAUAAUGGGAAGAGGCUUUAACUUUGCCACGUGUCUAGAAGGAGCAUUGAAAAUUAAGGAACUGACGUAUCUACACUGUGAGGGCAUUAUGAGCGGUGAACUAAAACAUGGGCCACUUGCUAUGGUCGACAGUAAUCGUGGCAUUGUAAUGAUUAUCUGUAGAGACAAAGUUUACAAAAAAUCUUUGAAUGCGCUACAGCAAGUAUUGGCUCGAGAAGGUAAUCCGAUUAUUAUUGCUGAUACAGAAGUACCAGAAGAAGAUUUAGCUGAUCGAACGCACGUGUUACGGGUUCCUAAAACGGUUGACUGUCUCCAAAAUAUUCUUACCGUUAUACCUCUUCAGCUGCUUAGUUACCACAUCGCUGAGCUCAACAGUUUAAAUGUUGAUCGCCCUCGUAACUUGGCAAAGUCGGUAACAGUUGAAUAG